AUGCUGCAUUCCGGGCUAUUGAGCAGUCUCUGCGUCUACGCGCCGCAGGAUCUGGGAACGACUCUUGCAGUCGGUCUUGGCUUCGUCCUUGCUGUCUCUUUGAUUCUUAAAGAGCUCAUUGCAUUUUACAACGCAAAGUUUCACCCUCUCUGCGGAUUUUUGGGACCGCGUGCGGCAACCAGAUCCGAGACAUGGCUGUACCAAAUGACCAAAAGCGACUUCCCAGAAGAAAUCUUCGAAAAACUUCACAAAGAAUACAAUACCCAGGCCCUUCGCAUCGGACCCAAUGAGCUCCAUAUCAGCGACGUUAACUUAUACAAAGUUAUCUACAAUCAAUCCAGCCCCUUUCCCAAAUACGCUGCAUUCUACGACGGAUUUAACACGCCACACACUGUAUUUGCGGAGUGUGACCCUGUGCUACACAAAGAGCGCCGUCGAAUGCUGAAUCCACUUUUUUCUCGUGUUGGAUUGUUCAAGUUGGAACCCAUCAUUCAACAAAAGAUCAGCAUGCUUGUUGAGAAAAUCCAUCUUCUAGCAGGAAAUGGACCACUCAAUGUUUAUGAUGCUUUCAGGCUAAUGACCACUGAGGUCAUCCUCCAGUUUGCAUUUGGAAGAAGUGGAGGCCUUAUUGAAGAAGAUCAGAAUGGUUUCCGCUCUUGGUUUCUGGAGGGCUUCGACGCCGCUUCAAAAAGCAUCCCCGACCUGCAGUAUAAGCCAUGGCUUCGACACCUCACCAAUAUCAUUCCGCAAGCCCUUGUGUAUAAAUUAAGUCCGGACAUUGGAAAUUUGCUGGACAUGUUGAAGUUUGCUGAAGACUCUUUGCGUCACUGGCAGAAGUCCGAAUCUAAACCCGACCAUCCAGUGGUAUUUGACAACUUGGAGACAGUCAAGUAUGAGGAACAGGUGACCGAGGCGAUGGAUAUCCUGAUUGCCGGUGCCGACACUACGGCAUCUACUUUGACAACUGGGUUGAUCCAUAUCUUAAGCAACAGCGGGGUUGAGCGUCGGUUGGUAGAGGAAAUUGAUUCACUCCCGGUAAACGAGAAUGGCCAACUUCCUCUUCAGGCCUUGGAAAAAUUGGAGUAUUUGAAUGCUACUGUCAAGGAAGCACUUCGAUUAGGAAUGGCCGUUCCAGGUCGGCUUCCUCGCAUUGUACCCAAUUCUCUCACGGAGCCCUUCAUGGUUGAUGGCAAAGUUGUACCAGCGGGUACUAUCGUCUCCAUUUCUACCUAUACUAUGCACACAGACACUUCGAUAUGGGGCCCAGAUGCCCGUGAAUUUCGACCUGACAGGUGGAUCGGUCCUAAGAGCAAAGGACUAGAUCAGUAUUUCUGCGCCUUUUCAAAGGGCGCCAGGAUGUGCAUUGGCCAAAAUCUUGCGCCUGCUGAGGUCAUCAUUGCGCUAGCAUAUCUCCUGCGUAACUUCAAAAUGAGCUUGCGAUCAAAAAGCGAUAUUGGAGUUCGAAAGGAUCGAUUCACGUUGCAGUAUGAAGAUCCUGGGUUUCAGGUCACAUUCAAGCCGCGUUGCUGA